GCACUCGCUUCACAACAUGACUGACUUGGAUUCAAUCUGGGAUCUUCCUGUAGAGAAUUCUCCCCCAAGACGACGAUCACCUAGUAGCGCUGGCCCAGCAAAACGAUCCACUCUCUUUCUUUCCGAUUCCGAGGACGAAGCUCCAAAGGAAACAGCACCUACACCUCGCGUCACCAAGUCAAACCCCGAUAUCGACGCGUUAUUCGAUGAUUUAGACGAUGAACCUGACGACGGUGGUCCACUCUUUGCGCCGUCGUUGGACGUUGAAGCAUUGAGAUGUCAAGCAGAUGCACGAAACGCGAAGCUUGCUGCACUUACCCCACACCAAAUCCUACCUAGCAGCUCUCCUCCACGCGACCUUGGAAAUGAAGAUGGAGGAGAUGGCGGAAAGAAAUCUGGUAAAUCCGAAGAAAAGAAAAGGAAGGCACUGCCGAAGCUUGAUGAAGCACGGUUGCUCAGUUCAGAAGGCUUUCCUACGCUGAUAAAGGAGGCAAAGAAGUUUAAACCAAAAGGAAAGGGUCACGAGACGGCGGACCUCAACAGGGUGUUACAAAUGUAUCAAUUCUGGACGCAACGGAUGUAUCCAAAGAUGCAAUUUCGAGAUACGGUGCAACGAGUGGAGAAACUCUGCCAUUCAAAGCGCAUGCAUGUAGCUCUCAGUGUAUGGAGGGAUGAAGCCAAAGGUCUCAUCAACGGUCGCGACCCACAUGAUCCUAUUGAUCUAACCUCCGACGCCGAACUUGAUGACUCUGACCAGGAAGAUGAGCAUGAAAAGCCAGAUGCACCAGCGGACGGUGUCUCUUCCAGAGCAGCAUCCACGCGCAGUUCUCCGGCCGCACGUCCACCUUCAUCUGCUUCAGAACCUGCCCAGAGCAAUCCUAGCUCUGACUUUGACAUUGACGCAAUGAUCGAAGAGGACCAAGAACACAUAGGUGUAUCCGAGCAAUUACCACCAAGCUCGCCACCCCUUGAGGCUUCAAACACCAUCUAUCAUUCUCGCGCAAACGGUCCCACGGCGGAGGAUGACGACGAAGACAUGUGGAACGAACUGGAUGCAGGCUUUGACUACUCUGCAGCUGCUGGAGCAAGUGAGCCAACAGCCGGUGGAGCUCGCCAAGUCACUUCUACAGUCAUGGAGGAUGAUGAGGAUAUGUGGGACAUGGUGCGAGAGAUCGAGAUGGAAGAGCAGGGUGAUGAAGGUCAAGUUAAAUCAACUAAGCCUACUAAUGAUGAGGGUUGGGAUGAAAUGUAUAUAUGAUGAGCUCAUUGAUCUGUGUUCUUUGCCUGGAUGAUGGAGGAGGAUACAUGAUCAUCUUUGACUCUUGAGGUGUUCCGAAAUGAUCAAUCUUGUACCAAUGCAG